CAAAAAUCUAAACUUAUUCAAACCAUCCAAGCGAUCAUAAUGCUCCAACUACGCCCGAACUGCGAAUAUUGCGACAAGGACCUGCCUCCAACGUCAACAGAGGCGCGCAUAUGUUCCUACGAGUGCACCUUCUGUGCUGACUGCGCCGAGACAAAACUCGCCAACGUCUGCCCUAACUGCGGCGGCAACAUGACUCCGCGACCAAUCCGUCCUUCGAAAGAAUGGCGCACUGGUCUGUGCAUAGCGAAGCAACCGCCGUCGGAUAAACGUGUGCAUUUAAAGUACAGUAUUGAGGAUGCUGCCGCGCUCGCGACGAGUGUCAACAACAUCAGACCACAAGAUCGUUAGUUCUAUCUCUGAUGGGGCUGGUUAUCAUAACGAAGCUCGCUCGACUCAGCCGCCUUGAAUUUCUGUGACUGGCUUGUACUAGCAUUACCCACUACCAAUAUCUUAUUAAUAUUCUAGAACCGUG